UCUCUAAACAUUGAACCGAACCCUCUCGUCAAAGAAGAGAUUUAUUGAGGCACAGCGACUCCACGCUUAAUGGUGGUUUCGCGUCACGGUAGCUGCACGUCGUGACCUCGGUAUCGACCCAGUGACCCGGCGUUUUCACCAGAGAUGCGGUUACGCGUUUCGAGCGGGCGUUCAGAAGUCCCCCCCUUCGUCGCGUCCCACACAGACGAGUCCUGGAGCUUACUCGCUGGUCCACGGGGGCGUUCCGCCUAGCGGCCGAACUUCUGCAGAGGACUUUCAGCGUCUGAACAAAACGGCAAAAGCAACAACAAUGGAGACUCCCGAAGGGGCCGCAGCAGCGGCCGCGGGCGACGGCGUGCUCGACUUUUCCCGUUUGAGCCUGAGCACCUUCCGCGCGGACGGCGUCAGCGACGAGAGGAAACGGGACGCCCGGCAGCUCCACUUGAGCUACAACCGGCUGGCCUCGCUGCCCUCCUCGGUCGACGUGUUCUGCAACCUCGAAUUCCUGGACGUCAGCAACAACGGGCUGUCGGCCAUCUGCGAGGGCGUCACGCGACUGACCAGGCUGAAAACGCUGGUGGCCAAGAACAACCGCCUGGACGAGUUCUCGCUGCCCAAAGACUUCGGCUCCCUGCAGCUGGAGGUGUUGAACUUAAGCGGGAACCGCUUCGAGGAGAUCCCCCUGCAGUGCAUGAAGCUGCUGCGCCUGCAGUCGCUGUCGCUCGGGGGGAACCGGCUGCGAAGUAUACCCGCGGAGAUCGAGAAUCUCACCAGUCUGGAGCUGUUGUAUCUGGGUGGAAACCUCAUCACCGCCAUUCCUCCUGAAGUGGCUAACCUGCCCUGGCUCAGCUACCUGGUCCUGUGUGACAACCGCAUCCAAAGUGUCCCCCCGCAACUCACCAGGCUUCACUCGCUGCGAUCUUUGAGUCUCCACAACAACUUGCUGACUUACCUGCCGAGGGAGAUCCUCUGCCUGGUGCACCUGCAGGAGCUCAGUCUCCGCGGCAACCCCCUGGUGGUGCGAUUCGUUAAGGAAAUGACCUACGACCCCCCGUCACUGCUAGAGUUUGCGGGACGUACAAUCAAGAGCCGAAAUAUACCCUACUACCCCGGCGACCUGCCCGCAAACCUGCUGAACUACCUGGACUUUGCCAGCAAGUGCCCCAACCCAAAGUGUGCCGGCGUCUACUUUGAUUCCUGUGUGCGCCAGAUCAAAUUUGUGGACUUCUGCGGAAAGUACCGGCUGCCCCUCAUGCACUACCUGUGCUCCCCAGAGUGCACCUCCCCCUGCAGCUCCAACCCCCAGAGCGACGCCGAGUCGGAGGAUGAGAGCAGCGUGCCCGCGUACCGCCUGCAGAGGGUGCUGCUGGGAUAAGACGACCCGCUGACCCUCUGCACCGGCCCAGCCACGUCACACUGUGUUCCACAUUCGCUCAGACGUUAACUCUAACUCUGAACAUGAAGCGAACGCACAAUGGUAGAACUGCCUCGCAGUCGGCACAUGUGGCCGUAUGCAGACGGAGGCCACGCCGCGCCCUGGAAACCCGUCAAUUCGAUUUUAAAGAAAAGAAAUCGUUCCCUUGCUCUCGCCACAUGUCACUCUAACAUAACAUGAGCAAAGGAGCCUUGUAACUCCACUGUCUGCUGUGAGUCCAUCGACGGGGUUCUUUUCAUAACACACUUGGUGCUUUUUGCUAGAAACAUUAUUCUGCAUUUUCUGCAAGCUUGGAUACAAACACUUUUUUUAUUGUCCGGCUUCUUUCUUUUUAAAUAUCUCUCACUUGGUGAGCACCAAAGCUGCUAUGCCAACUAAGAAGAGUCUGGGAUUUCUAAAAUGACAUCAGCUGGAACAUGUUCAGACCACAGUGUUCUAAACUGAUUGAGUAUGUUGUGUGAGAUGGCCUCAUUUACUCUGGUCGCUCCUUCUGGGCAGUUGUCUCGCACAAUAUUAAAAGAUCCAGGUAUAUCUGGGGGGGGGGGGGGUUUCCAGUAGCGUAAUCAUCCUAAGUUUCACCACGAUGGCAUAGUCACCUUUUUAAUAAAUCCAGAAUAUGGCUUACGUGAGUAUGUGGAAGAAAGCUUGUCCAUGCUCAGAGGAAGUGGAUGUGGGUUGGACCAGUCACAGAAACAAUGGCUAUUCAGCAAAACGAUGACCUUCAUGUCCAUGGCUGUUAGUUCUCUAUGCAAGAUAGAUGUGUGUGUGUGUGUGGAGAAUAGAGCUGUGCGUGCAUGAAUGGAGACAAAAGUCAAAUAAAAAAAUAAAAAAAAGUAAAAAGAUAAAUAUUUUUCUGACUGGAACUGUCUGUUUCGGUUCUCAGUUACAUCGCUGCGUCCACUUCCUACUUGAAUAGAAAGCUGGGAGAUGUGAUUUCCUCCCCAGACAGGUUGAGUGAGGAAGGAAAAACUCUGGCUGCACAUUAGACCCCAAUGUUUAGAAAACAGAUGAAAGCUCCACCAAUACUUCGACUAAAACAUUAACGUGCCUUAUCAAUAGACUUCUACCACAGAGAAAUAACGUUUGACGAAAUGUGAAAUAGGCCUUUGCACCCUUAAAUGUGACAAGAUUAACAUGAUUAUUAGGAUUUUUGAGUGAUUUCUUUUUUUAUACUCAUCUUAACAGCUUUUUCAAACAUGCUUUUAUAGAUAUCCUUUUGUCAAAUGUUAAACACUACAUAUUUAAAUGACCUGCAAAAUAGAUGGCACUUGAACAUAAUAUAUAUGAAGAUAUAUUAAUUGUAUUUACUUGUACCCCAUUCAUAUAAUGUAAGUAGACUGUACGGUAUUAAAUGCCAAUAAAAAAAACUGAUUGUAAUAACUUUAAA